AUGGCGGCGAUUCCAGGGUCUCUGGUUCCCGCCAAAACUAUAACUUGCAUUCCUACCAUCCCCCAAUUUCCUGAAAACCCGAAGUCCAUAAUACUUCAGAAAUGCAGGACGCGCAGGGACCUCAACCAAAUCCAUGCCCACCUCAUCAAAACCCGUCUCAUCUUCAACCCUUCCCUCGUCGAAAACCUCCUUGAAUCCUCGGCCAUCAUUCUUCCCAACACCAUGGACUACGCGGUCUCCAUUUUUCGCAAAAUCGAUGAUCCCAAAUCUUCCGCUUACAAUGUCAUGAUCAGAGCCCUCACCUACCAGCAAUCCCCUGAUGAAGCCCUUCUUUUGUUCAAGCAAAUGUGUGCCUGCGCGGUACUUCCCGAUGAGUUCACUUUUUCCAGUGUCUUCAAAGCUUGCUCCAAAUUCAAAGGCUUGGUUGAAGGCCAACAGAUUCAUGCCCAUGUUGUGAAACGUGGGUUUCAGUCGCAUGGGUUUGUCAAGAAUACGCUAAUUCAUAUGUAUGCAGUAUGUUCUGAUAUGGAGGUUGCUCGUAUGGUGUUCGAUGAAAUGCCUGUGGGAGACCUUGUUGCCUGGAAUGCAAUGUUAGCUGGGUAUGCCAAGAGCGGAUGCUGGGAAGAGGUUGUGAGCAUGUUUCUUAACAUGCGGGAAAUGAAUAUCGGAUUUGAUGAGGUUACUAUGAUUACUGCUUUGACGGCAUGUGGCAGAGUAGCUAAUCUGGAAUUGGGAGAGUGGAUUGCUCAAUAUAUUGAGGCAAAGGGACUGAAGGGGAAUAUUAAUUUGGCAACUUCGCUUCUUGAUAUGUAUGCAAAAUGUGGUCAGGUCGACACAGCUAGAAUACUGUUUGAUCAAAUGACGCGGAGAGAUGUGGUUGCAUGGAGUGCCAUGAUAUCCGGGUACAGUCAGGCAAAUAGAUGCUAUGAGGCUCUUAGUUUGUUUAAUGAUAUGCAAAAAGCUAAUGUCGAUCCUAACGAGGUGACCAUGGUUAGUGUACUGUACUCUUGCGGAGUUCUGGGAGCUCUGGAAACUGGUAAAUGGGUUCAUUUCUAUAUCAGGAAAAAGAAACUGAAGCUCACCGUUACUCUCGGCACUGCACUCAUAGACUUCUAUGGCAAGUGCGGGUUAAUAGACAGUGCAGUUGAAGUUUUUCAAAGAAUGAGUACCAAAAAUAUCGUCUCCUGGACAGCGAUUAUCCAAGGGCUAGCUAGUAAUGGUGAGGGAAGAAGAGCUCUGGAGUUUUUUCGUUUGAUGCAAGAAGCGAAUGUUGAGCCAAAUGAUGUGACUUUUAUUGGCGUUCUUUCUGCUUGUAGUCAUGUGGGUCUAGUUGAGGAAGGUCGAACACUAUUCCUCAGCAUGAGCAAGGACUAUGGAAUUGAACCAAGGGCAGAACAUUAUGGCUGUAUGGUUGAUAUUCUAGGUCGCGCCGGUCUACUGGAUGAGGCACUUCAAUUUAUAAAAAACAUGCCUAUGGAACCAAAUGUAAUAGUUUGGAGAACACUUUUGGCUUCUUGUAGAGCACAUAAAAAUAUUCCAAUAGGCGAAGAAUCAUUUAGACAGAUAGUUCAAUUGGAGCCGGCUCAUAGUGGGGAUUACAUACUUCUAUCCAACAUAUAUGCCCUAGCAGGAAGACUUAAGGAUGCUUUGAAAGUGAGGUCUCAGAUGAGAGAACUCGGAAUUGAGAAAUCCCCUGGUUGUAGCUUGAUUGAGUUCGGAGGGGUAGUUCAUGAGUUCUUUUCUGAAGACAAUGAACAUUCUCAUUCAAAAGAGAUAUACAGGGCAACUGAAGAAAUGAUCAAAAAGAUUAAGUUAGCUGGAUAUAAGCCGAACAUUAGCGACGCAAGGAUAGAUGCAGAGGAGGAAGCUAAAGAAACUUCCGUGUCUCACCAUAGCGAGAAGCUGGCUAUUGCAUUUGGUCUUACUAAUACUAAGCCGGGUUCUACAAUUAGAAUAUCAAAAAAUCUUAGAAUUUGUACUGAUUGUCACAAUGCUACGAAGAUAAUAUCAAAGGUGUAUAAAAGAGAAGUCAUUGUCAGAGAUAGGAACCGAUUCCAUCAUUUCAAAGAGGGAUCAUGUUCCUGCAACGAUUACUGGUAAACUCAGCCGCCUAGACGUUCAAGAUUAAGACGACUGAUUAUUUAUGCAGGUCAAAUUUUCGUAGGUAGCAGGUAGGGGGCCGGAAAGGGGUUUACUUGGCCUGUUCUUGUCGUGCCUGUAAUUGUCGGAUCCAUUCAGUAAAAGAAACGCCAAUUCAACUGCCUAUUUCGUCAGAAGCAUGUAAAUUAAAGUUCAGUCUCCA